AUGGCUAGCUGGAGAAAAAACCAAGGGAUCAGUAAUCGUCAAGAGGGUAACAGGAGAUACUCAUCUUAUAACGGAAAACCACCUUUGGAUAAUAGGUUUUCAAGAGUACCUUUAUGGGAAAAGAAGUUUUGCACUAGUGUUGGUGCAGUUCCAUGGCGAAGGUUUAUAGAAGGCAAGAGGUAUAUGGUAUUACAUUCCGAUGUGAUGAAGUGGGAGGACUCUGCUGUCAAAGAAGCAUUUGACAAUGCGAAAAACAGGUAUUGGGCUGAGAUCAACGGAUUUCCCUGCCACAUUCCGUUGCCUGAUCCGGACAUGUACAUCGAUGAAGUAGACUGGGAUGCAAGUGUUGAUCCAGAACUGUAUCUAGAUUUGGAUAGAGAAGUAGAGGCCAGACGUAAGAUGAUAGAAGAGAACGAGGAGACUGUGAUUGAAGACAAUCCUCUCGGUCAUGGAUGGAAACUCACACCUACUGGAUGGGGGGACGAUGACGAGGAAGAAGUAACCAAGCCUCGGGAACCAAGUUAUGUUGGUGAGGGAUGGGGAUCAAACAACCAUGAAAAUAAUGAAACUAACUAUCGGGAACAGAAUGAUUCUCAAAGGUGGGAGCACUAUGGCGGUGAGCUGCAUGAUACGUAUCAAGCAAGAAAUAGGAGGAACAUAAAUUGGGGAGGAAAUAACAGAAGGAGAGAGAAUAACAUAUCAUGGUCUAAGAACCAAGAAUAUCACUAUGAUAAUAAUCGAGGAAGAAGAAAUGGAGGAAGAGGGGGAAGGAGGGGAAACAAUACUUAUGCGGCUAAGGUAGCUGCUACUCCCAGUGCAUGGUAA